UUCAAAGUGCUAAACCAGAACUAGUGGUCCAGUAUCUUUUGGAUUCUCUAGUGCUACCUCUUAUAACCCUCAUAGGAGUGUAUUGCUGGAGAAGCACAAAAAGUAUAGACCGCUGGCUGCUGCUGGCUUGCACAGACCAGCCGAGCGCACUUUCCACUCAGAAUGUCAUCGUUCAGAUCAAAUCGAAUAUUAUCCUGGGUCUAAACCGUACUUGCGACGCAUUUCAUUUGUAGCAGGGACUUGUGCGCAGGCAUCCCUACCAAGAUACGAACGACCUCCAAGUUUGAUGACAGUCUUCGAAUCGGUUUGACCUUUCAGCUGAAGUGGAAUUUUCCGCUCGUUGACCGGAUGCUCUUAUCACUUGUUGCGCUUGACGUGGACCAGAACUGUAGGCCUUGAGCUCUUCGGUCCCUGUCGACAGAAAGUUGCAGCCUUCGUAUAGAUAGCCCCUGGGCUUAAGAUGGCAGGCGUCCAGCAGAUGGGAGUACCAUAUGAAACAGAUGCCAGCAAUAUUAAGAUCGGAGGGGGCAGCGCAGCACGAACUGAGGACAGGGACUAUAUCGAGCCAGAGCCACAUCUUCUGUGGACUGUCGAUGAAUUCUAUAAUUGGUCGCUCUAUAGAGCUGCCAUCGCUGAGUUUAUUGCCACUCUCCUCUUCGUGUACAUCGGCGUUUCUGCUGCCAUUGGAAAUGGCCGUACCAGACCCGAUGGAGUCGGAGCUCUCGGUGUUGCAUGGUCUUUCGGAGCCACCAUAUUUGUGCUUGUCUACUGCACAGCUGGUGUUUCAGGAGGAUACACUAACCCCGCAGUUACUUUGGGACUACUUCUGGGUAGGAAGCUUUCAGUUCCUCAUGCUUUCAUCUACAUGAUUGCCCAGAUGGCCGGGGGUAUAUGUGGAGCAGGACUCGUGAAGGGAUUGCAGAAAACUCCAUUCCAGGUGCUGGGCGGCGCGACGAAUACGGUCAGUGCAGAUUUCAGCAUCUGCACUGGUCUUGCAGCAGAAGUCAUGGGAACUUUCUUCCUCGUUUACGUGGUCUACUCUGCUACUGAUGCUAAGCGUAAAGCCAGGGACUCGCAUGUGCCGGUGCUCGCCCCAUUGCCCAUCAGGCUUGCAGUCCAUCUGGCGACCAUUCCAUCACUGGCUGUGGAAUCAAUCCUGCACGAAGCUUCGGCCCGGCUGCUCUGUGGAGCCACCAGCAAGCUUGGGAUGACCAGUGGAUCUUCUGGGUCGGUCCUUUCAUCGGAGCUACCUUGGCUGCCGCCUAUCACCAGUUCGUCAUCCGUGCUUUGCCGCUAGGAUCACACUUCCUGUUCCCGACCAUGUCCAUGUCCGGCUCCAUGAGCAUUUCAGGGAGAAAACGUGAAACCAAGCUCUCAGGGUGAGGUCGAAAAUACCAAGGACAGUAUAUCUGCUGACAACAAAAUGUGAAGCUCAGGCUCAGGCUCGAGUACGUAGGCUGAUCUGAAGCUGCACGUACCACUCUACUGUAAAUAACAUCGAAGAGGUUCUCAUACAUAGUCAGGGAGAAACCACGCUCUGUAGAUUCAGCAUCAACAAGGGUAAAACCUCAUAUCAUCUUUUUGCAGAGGACUAGGAUUACCAUCCGCAAUUGCGGAUGGUGAUCCCAGUAGUAAUCCCUCGCAAAAAAAGCUCCAAUUGAAAGCAUCUGUCUCGCCCAGAUAUUGUGUUCUCUCUCGGCUUAUUGCCCCCGAAAAGGUAUUGACUGCUUUCGCUUCGGGUCGCAAGAGGGCUUUUAAACGACAUUCGGAAGGGAAACUUGAUGCACAAGGCAAGAUCAUAUACUGACUCACGCCGACAAACUUACUCCCGUACAUCUCUUUCAUUAGAAGUAGAAUAAGCGAAAUUCAGUAUACGCGGCAUGAACUUGCCUUGAGAAGCAGUUGGAGCAAUCUUCGAUCCCAUUGCCACAGGUAUGCAGUGGGUAAGAUCCAGUAGAGUAACUCUCUGAUGCUUACAUGACAAAAACAAAACGAUUAUAUUUAUAUUUCAUGUCUAUCCCUGAAUGUAGUGAUACGAAAUGUCAAGGUAGUUAAGUUUGUAACUACCUAUAGCCCA